AUGAAAAAAUAAAUUUAAAAGGAAUAAAUUGAUCAAUAUACCUAAAUGGGUUUCUCGGUGUAAUUAAUUCAUAUGGCUUGGGAAGUGAUAAACGAUGAAUCAGAAAUGAUGGACACACUCAUUGCUUUAACAAGUUAAAAUUAGUAGAUGCAAUAAACAUCAAAUAAACAAGAUGAAGAAAUUCAAUUAACGCAGGCCUUGCUGGAUUCAUAUAAAACUAAUCAAUAGACAGGAUCUCAAAAAUUUGAAAUAAUUUCACCUGAAUAAAGGAAGAGAGUUGAUGGAAUCCCAUGUGGUUUGAAGAAUUUAGGGAAUACUUGUUAUUUUAAUGGUUUGCUCCAGACAUAUUUCUUUGAUUGUCAAUUUGUGAAGACCAUCAUAACUUUCUAAAUUCCAUAACAAAUUGAAUAAAGCAAAUAUGGUAAAUCAAUCUAGCUAGUAUAAAAUCUAUAAAAUCUCUUCAUCAGCAUGAUUGGGAGUGACAAAAAGUAUGUUGAUCCAUCUGAAGUCGUUAAAAGCAUCUGCGAUGAAUUUGGAAAUGUUCUUCCAAUUGGAGAUUAGAAGGAUGUGGGCGAAUUUAAUCUUUACUUUCUUAGUCGCGUUGGAGAAGCGCUGACUCAAACAGAAUCGCAAAGUAGCAAAAUUGAAGACAUAUACAUCGAAUCUUCUCCAUCAAUUUUAAAGCAGAAGUCAUCUGUGAUUCACGAUGAAGAUAUUGUUUCGAAGUUAUUUUUAUGUAAGGUUUUUCAUCAAUUUGAAUUUGACCAAGGGGGUAUUCAACAAAUCAGAGAAAGCACAGAACUUUUUAAUUACAUACCACUUGAUUUAAAGGAUGGAAACUUAUAUGAUAGUUUUGAUAACUUUAUUGUUAAUAACAUUGAUGAUUUCAAGAAUGAUUUUGAUGAAACAGUUCAAGCAGUUAAAUACAAUUGGAUACAUUCACCACCUUAAAAACUAUCCUUUCAAAUUCAGAGAGUUAUUUAUUGCAAAGAAAAAAAUGAUUUAAUUAAAUAAAAUGAUGAGUUUACGUUUGAUGAAGAAAUCUAUUUGGAUCGUUUUCUAAUUGAAAAUAGAGAGAAAUAUCUGGAAACUAGAAUCUAAAAUAAAGAAUUUAAAUCCAAAUAAAAGAAGAUUAAAUAAGGUCUAUAAUAAUUAACUAAAUUUAAUGAUCAACAUGAUUUGUAAGAUGUAUUGACUAAUACAAUUAAAUUUUUGGAAAUGCAAAACGUAGAGAACAAUGAGCAUGCUGCUAAUUUUGGGUAAUCGGAUCAACAAGCAGCCAUUGAUUAAUUGCAACAAUACAAUUAAAAAGUAUUGAGGAAAAAGAAGUAACUGCAAACUCAAUAUGAUGAACUUGAGAAUAAGAUUUAGGUUAGCUACAAUGAUUUAAAAAAGCAUAAGUAUCUUCUCCAAUCCAUUCUUAUACAUGAUGGCUAAGCCAAUUCCGGACACUACUACACUUAUAUUAAAGACUUUCGAAGAGAAACAUGGUUUAAAUUCAACGACAUUCACGUAGGAGUGGAGACGAAGGAGAAAGUAUUUUAGGAUGCCUUUGGUAUGAAGACUGGAGUCAACGCAUACUUGUUAAUUUAUGCUAGAAUUGAUAUUGUGAAGUAGGAACUAGAGUCUCAAAUCAGAUCGUAUAGAAUUAGUUCGGAACAGGGAUAUUUGAAUGAUAAAUACGGUAGUUUCCUCAAUUACAUGUAAAGAGAACAGUUAGCGAAGGAGAACUAAUUGUUCUAUAAUGAGAUUGAGGAAUACAAGUCUUCGAGGAUCAUAGAGAAAUUAAUUGAGUCUUAUUAAAUUAGAUUUCAAUUUAUUAAUGAGCACUAUCGAAUCAUAUCGAGCAAGGUGCAAUCAACUGUGUAUAAGCCGUUGAUUAUGUUGAAUUUCCCGAUGUUUAUUAAGAGUAAGAUGACUGUGUUAGGUAAGGAUUCUUAUGACAACAUUUUAAAGUGGGUAAUCUUGGAUUCAGCAUUGAGGGAUGUGAAUUAGGAUAAAUCAGGUAUUUUUGGGGGAUAGAUUAGCGAGAAUUUUCAAAAUCAAAUAAUGGUAAAGUUUAAGGCACAAUUCAAUGAAUUCAAGAGGCCGACUGAAUAUUUGAGUACAGAGGAAUAGAAUGAAUUUCACAAGUUGUCUUAGGAAUACAUUCAAUAUGUAGCAAUGGCUUCUUUGGCAUCGAUAUUGUUGGAUUUAAUUUUAAAAAGAGAGUUCCCCAUGGUGCUAUCAGUGUUGCAUCAUUUUUCUAUGAUUGCAAAGUAAUUGGAUACACAUAAUUAUUUUUAUAAAAUGGCAAGUAAUUUUUAAAAAUUAAUUCCAAUCAUAAUAAUUUGCAAAAUGAUUCCGGUAUAGGCUGAUGUGAAUUUGAAGGAAUUAGAAUUGCUUCAAGCCUAUUUGUCAUUUUAACAUUUUAGAGUUGAAGAUUAAAACUUUUGGGAAACUCAGAUUUCAAUAAUGAUGAAUGCGGUAUGUGAAAAUCACGAUGAACCAUAUGUUUAGAGUAUUAUUACUAAAUUUGAAGCCAAUAUUAAAGAUCCAAAUUUUAUAAUUUAAAUAGAACAGGUCAAUGAUGAGAUUAGUGUGCAGUAGGCAGCUUUGAGUGCGAAUUACGAUGUGUUUUAUUGGUCUCCUAAUGUGAAGCAAGAUGUUUUGUUUGAUAAGUUAGUUAGCGGUUGGAAUGAGAUGAAGGCUUAAUUCGAACCGUUCAUCAAGAUUUAAAAAGCUCAUAAUCAAUCCCAUAAUCCACUGAUGAAAUAGGAAUUAGAAAAUCUAAUUUGUUGA